AACAUUUUCGGCAUGGUUAUAGGGUGCUAGUGAAAUGUGCAGGUCAAGAGCAGAAUUUCAUUCCCAUUUCCACACUCCAAUGGCAAAAACACCAACAAACGCACAAGAACGAAAACAACGACAAGAAGCGGCGCGACACAAAUUCCACCACUAUUCUUAAACACUACAAUAAACUCUAUUCACUACGAAGGUAAACUUGAAUUUGAGAUGCGAGAAAAAAUGAUGACUUUUUGGACUGCUUGUAAUACUUGUAAGGUUUUGCACGAGUUUGAGAGAAAGUAUUUGGGGAAUAAGCUUGUGUGUCCGGGGUGUAAUAAGAGUUUUAAGGCUGUUGAAGCUGUUAUGAAUGAUGGGUUUGAUGAGGUGGAAGAAGAGGAUGAGACUUUGGGGGAUUUUUUGUUGAAGAAGAAGAAGAAGAAGAAGAAGAAGAAGAAGAACGUGAAAAAGAAGAAGGGUAUUGGGAAAAUGGGUUGUGAAAAAGGUGUGAUUUUUAUGGGUGAUGAUGAAGUGGGUUGUGAAAAAGGGGAGAGUUUUAAGGUUGCUGAAGCAUUUUUGAUUGAUGGGUCUGAGGAAGAUGAAGAAGAAGAUAAGACUUUGGGGGAUUUUAUGCUGAAGAAGAAGAAGAACAUGAAGAAGAAGAUGAAUGGGAAAAUGGGGUGUGAAAAAGGUGGGGUUUUUAAGGGUUAUGGUGCAGUGGGUUGUGAAAGAGGUGAGAUUUUUAAGGGUAAUGGUGAAGUGGGUUGUGAAAAAGGUGAGAUUUUUAAGGGUAAUGAUGAAGUGGGUUGUGAAAAUGGUGAGAAUUUUAAGGGUGAUGAUGAAGUGGGUAUUGUUGGGAGAUUGAGGAAGAGAACACGGUCGGUUGGGGAAGUUUUGGAGAGUUCUGAACCAAAGAGGGUUGUUGGGAGUGAAGAGGAAACAAUGACAUUAGCUCAAUUUCAAUCUAAAGUUAAGAGAAAGUUUCAUCAAGAGAUGGUGAAGGGAAAAGAAAAGGAGGAGAAAAUGAAGAAGAAGCUUGAGGGUUCUGUGAGGAGAAAGGCGUCGAGACUUGAGAGGCAUAGGGAUACUAGUGGAGGGGAAUUAGAAGCUAUGGUGGUUGCGGAUUUGGAUUCUGUGAAGAGAAAAGGGUUGAGGUCUGAGAGGCAUAUGGAUACUACUGAAGAGGAAUUAGAGGUUAUGGCGGUUGCGGAUUUGGAUUCUGUGAAGAGAAAAGGGUUGAGAUCUGAGAGGCAUAUGGAUACUAGUGGAGAGGAAUUAGAGGUUAUGGCAGUUGCGGAUUCGGAUUUUUAUGAUUUUGAUAAAGAUAGAGUGGAGAGGAGUUUUAAGAAAGGUCAAGUUUGGGCUGUGUAUGAUGGUGAUGAUGAUGGAAUGCCGAGGCAAUAUGUUCUGAUUGAUGAAACUGUUUCAGCGAAUCCUUUUAACGUGAUGAUAAGUUGGUUGGAUUUCCAUAACAAUGGGGAUGGAAAGAUAGUUAGUAGAGAGAAAUUAGGGUUUAAAAUACCUUGUGGGAGAUUUAAAGUUGCCAAGAAGGCUUCCAUAGGUUCAGUAAAUGUCUUCUCUCAUGUUGUCGAUUGCGAUAGGGCAGCGCGCGAGGUUUACAAAAUUUAUCCUAAGAAGGGUUCAGUUUGGGCGCUUUACAGUGAGGCGAGUCUUGAUGCAGAUGAGGGCAAUAGAUGUUAUGAUAUUGUACUGUUUUUGACGAGUUACAGUGAGAUGAAUGGUAUAAGUAUGGCAUAUCUUGAGAAGGUUGAUGGUUACAAGACAGUGUUUAAGAGACAAGAGAGUGGGAGUCAUGCGGUUAGAUUUCUUGGGAAGGAUGAAUUCUGCUUAAUUUCUCAUCAGAUUCCUGCGCGGAAAUUCCCUUGUGAUGAGGAUCAUGAAUUGUUGAAAGACUGUUGGGAGCUUGAUCCGGCUUCACUUCCUUCAGAUUUACUUACUAUUGGUGGCAUAGAUAAUUGAGUCAGUGAGAUGUCGAAAACUUUUCAAAGGUGUGCAGCUUAUUGCAGUAGAGAAACCUGAUGAAGGGUCCAUGAUCAAGUUAGUCAUGAUAAUUUUAUAAAAUUUAUUUCCUUAGGAAUGGUCAAUGCUUGUUAAAUUUACCAGUUGAAGUUGCUGCUACCUCUAAUAGGUGUGUAGCCAAACAAAAGCACUUUUUUUUUAUCAUUCUCUUUGAGCUAUACUUGUGCCAGUUUCUGUAGUUGUGGAUUGACUUCAUCCAACUGAAUAGCUUGAUUUAUUUAGAAUCUCUAGAAAUUUUCUUAGAA